AUGCUAUGUCAAUCAUGUACAUCAUUGAUAACACUUACACUCAACAAUGGUGUCACAGAUAUUGGAACAUAUGCUUUUGAUGAAUGCACAUCAUUGACAGAUUUCAUAAUUCCAAGCUCAUUAGCUAGUAUUCAAAGUUUUGCAUUUCAAUCUUGCGAAAGACUGAAAACAUUGAUAAUGGGAGCUGACUGUACUCUUUCAAAGGUUAAUGGAGGUUGCUUCUAUGGUUGUUAUAAUCUAAAGUCUGUUAAGCUUCCUCAAAAUGAUCAAAGAUAUCGAUUUGAAAAUGGUGCAUUGACAAAUCACGCACAAACAAAGCUUAUUCUCUUCCUUCCAUACAGUGGAGUUAAAAAUUUCAUUGUUCCAUUAGAAAUGGUAACUAUUGGAAGUUGUGCUUUCAUGGGAAGUCCAACUCUCUUAAGAGUUUUCUUCAAUGGAAAUAAUAUUAACACUAUUGAUUAUCAAGCUUUUAAGGAUUGCAAGAAUUCGAAUUUUGUUUUCUUCUCAUCAUCUAGUAUUUCUCAAAUAGGUACCAAUGCAUUUGACGGAUGUCCUCUUCUUCGUAGGUGCGGUUCAUUUUCUGCUCCACAAGAUGUACAAGAAAAAUUUGUUAAUACUGCAAAUAUUCCUAAAAUUGCAUUCUCUGAAAAUUGUGCUUUUGCUAAUUCAUGCAGAGCUAUUAAAAAUAUCGGAAUUCCAUUCUCAUAUUUAUAUCCAUUUUUAACCAUUGAAUUGUAA